GUCAGGGUCCAGGUCUCCUCCCUGUCUAUCAACAUCUCUAUUGUUCUUGUUGGAGGUCUUGCUUGACUUGACCCUGAGCUCAGUCCCGUUUCGCUUCUACACGAAGCGGUUUACUGUGAUCAAACACAAGGCAGCUUUGCUGUCGGGGAGACAUUGAGUUGUCCAUCUCCACAAAGGACUGCCAAUCCAAGCUCUCGUAUACAAUCAGUUUUUGGCUGGUCUACAGCUCGAGUAUCAUCUACUCACGUCGCAAUGGAUUCUCUCACGACCCAUCCCUCCACCGCGCAGCAGGCCCGGGCCUUCACUUCUCCUGCCUCUCUGUCCUUUCCUGGUGGUGCCGGUGACUUGACACCGCCUUCCGAUAAAGACGGAAACAUGGCGUUGAACCUUCAAGGUGCAAACGGACAUGUGAACGGCCAGCAGCAGGGAGGAAAUGCCUCCAACGGCAACGGGGUGACACCCGCUACUCCUGUUGCAACUCCAGGUGCCAACACUCCGGGGAGUGGCAUUGUGCCUACGUUGCAAAACAUUGUCGCUACUGUAAAUCUUGACUGUCGCCUGGACUUGAAGACUAUUGCGCUCCACGCAAGAAAUGCGGAGUACAAUCCAAAGCGUUUCGCGGCCGUGAUUAUGCGUAUUCGUGAACCCAAGACCACCGCUUUGAUUUUCGCCUCGGGCAAGAUGGUUGUCACUGGUGCCAAGUCCGAGGAUGACUCGAAGCUGGCAUCCAGGAAGUACGCCCGUAUCAUCCAGAAGCUCGGAUUUAAUGCCAAGUUCACGGAUUUCAAGAUCCAGAACAUUGUCGGCUCCUGCGACAUCAAGUUCCCCAUUCGCCUGGAAGGUUUGGCUAGUCGCCACCACAACUUCAGUUCUUAUGAACCUGAGUUGUUCCCUGGCCUCAUCUACCGUAUGAUGAAGCCCAAGAUCGUGCUUUUGAUCUUCGUCAGUGGCAAGAUUGUCUUGACCGGCGCCAAGGUCCGUGAAGAGAUCUACCAGGCGUUCGAGCUAAUCUAUCCUGUGCUUUCUGAUUUCCGUAAAGUCUAAAAGGACUAAUGUCGGUGCUCGCUUGCAUAGGGGGAUUACCCUUCACCUUUCGCACCCAUGUAUUAACAUUUGCUCUUUUUCUUGUCUCUUUUCUUGCUCUGCGAGAUUGUAUCAUGAGCCAGGCCGGACGUGUCGCGUUCGCUUGGUCGUUGCCUUUAUUGUCGAACUCGCAUAUCACGAUUCCUUAUGCUAGCAUUUCUACGGCGUUCUAGCGAUUCGGUUUGUUUCUGGUCGUCUGUUUCAACAAACUAAAGUCUCUUUUUACAAUUAGAAGUCGCACACCGCAGAUUCAAGGGGGCGGUACUGUGCGCUGGUCGAUGGUUGCUCCCUCUUAAUUACUUGUUUUUGCGUUCUUUUGCCUAUCGGCUGCUGACCCUUUCAUCUUGACCCCGUCUCCAUGGAAGUGGUUCUUCGAGCGCUAUUUGUUUUCACGACUCUUUCGGAAGAUGAUGGAUCAAAUGGGAAUAAAUUUUCCUGCGAUAUUCCUCUAGACCUUUUAACGGAAGUGGACGAAUGCACUGGCUGGUUGGUGAAUCAGGCAAUGAACCUGGUUCUUGUGGCACGAUUCUUUCUACCUUUCCUCGAUAGCCUCUGAACCAAAUGGAGUGAAACCAUACAAACA